AUGUCGGACCAGCCUCCACCUUACGAGGAGAUUGCAGCUGGGAAUCCGGCACCACUAGGACCUUCCUCGGCGCUGGUCGUUCAUCUGCAAGUAUGGCACGACAGAAGCGAAGGGAGAAGCCCUGCGAACAACGACAGGCUCGCCGCCCUCUUCCGCAACCACAACCUCCAAAACUGGGAAGUGGUUCCGCUAGAGGUGCGAUUCCGUCACCGGAUUUGGGCGUAUGACGACCCAGGAGAACAUCCUAUGGCCGACGUUCGGGAGCUCUUCUUCAAGAUCGCACCACAGUUCAUCUACGAGUUCUUCAUCGGGAUCAGGAGCACCCCCCACAAUCUGAACAUCUUUCCGGUUGGUGUUCCGGAAGGGUUCCGUUCGCGAUAUUCGCAUGCAUAUAUCCUGAACAGACUUAGCAUCCGUGUCAACGCGUUUUUCGUUCCCGGCCCGGUGAUGACAAAUGAUGUGCAGUCCUGGUUGCGAGAGGCUGUCAACACUGUCGAUAAUGUCUUAGACAUCCUGGCUGAGAUCGUAUGCCUCUACCUCCGGUAUAGGCAGGCCCAAAGCCAGGGAAAUGGGAAUGGUCAGGCUGGCACUCAAUAUGGGACACAAGGCGCCUAUGGUGCGAACGUCAACUGGCCACCACAGCUUCAAGAGCUGCAAACGCUACUCCAACAGUUUAUGCAACCCAACGGGCAAGGCACUGCCCAGCCAGGAGCUCAAAUCGCAGAUGUGCAAGUAGCACUGAACGGCGCCGCCCGCCCUUUACAGCAAUACUUGCGUCUUGCCAAUCGCAUGGAGAGCAGAUUAACUAAGCUGGGAACUAAUCAGACUCUCUCUAACCAGGACCUCUACGAGCUCGUCCAAGAUAGCCAUAAUGCGGCACUCCAUUUCUCCACCCUGAAGCAAGCAGUACGGCCUCUAGUCAGACUGCUUGAAGAAAACUACAGCGACCUGAUAAAGAUUUACAGGACUAACAGGAGCAAGCGUGUCGCCACUGGGGCAGUCAUUGCAGCAGUGGCUAUCUUUUGCUUUUGGAACCCUGCCGGAUGGGCCGCAGCCGGUGCGUACGGGGCUGGGUUUGCAGUGGGGGGUGCUGCAGGCGCCGGAGUGCACAUGAGGGAGGAUGCUGAGCUCGGGAAAGCCUUCAAGAAGAAGGACACAGUCAGAGAGUUUGAUCUCGCCGUCAAGGAGAUAGACAGAUGCGCCAAUCAGGCCCGAAAAGCCAUUGCGACAGUGUACUACGCCCAGGUUAUGCAAAUGCCGCUGGACGACACCUUGCCUGAACACGCUAGGAGGAUCCUUCUCGCGUCACUCGGCGUUGAUGUGGAUGCCGUGUCUAGUGCUGUUUAUAACGAGGAGCUCAUCCGCGACCGACUAAGAAGGUUUUGUGAGAACAACAGCAAACUGCGCACCCGGAUGAAAAGUGUACUUGCUGACGCCAAUUUCGACUUGCAUACUACCGAAACUGCGUAG